AUGAUCAGUCUCGGGAAACUGCGGACGCUUCCCUCUGCUCUCGCCAUUUUCGUGCUCGCCUCGACAGUCCAGGGGGCCUCGAUCAACUUUGACUUCUAUCCCGAAACCGCCCAGGGUUGCAUGUACGCGGCGGCCGACGCCUCCAAGUGCGAGACGGGUGUUGUUAAGACAACAAAUGAAUGCCUCUGCCAAAAUGGAGGGGGUUUUAUCAAGAACACAGCCUCCUGCCUCGGUCAAUCUUCGAGGGAUGACCUCCAACAAGUUUAUGACACGAUGAGCGGUGCUUGCAGGGACUCACGCACGCCUAUGGGCAUCUCGGAGAAGCAGUUUAUGGAUUUCGCGGACGGGGCCACAACCACCAGCACAUCCAUAACGACAACAACUGCUCCAACAAGCACGACGACAACCUCCUCAACAACAAGUACCCCUACCUCGACCGAAUCACCACCGGCCUCAACAGAACCAGCAGACGAAGGAAGCCAAGGGCUACCGACGGCAGCUCUUGCUGGCAUCAUAGCCGGAUCGGUUGUUGGGGUUGCUGCGGUGGCUGGAGUGGUCUUCUUCCUGCUGCGCAAGAAGAGAAAGCAAGGCGAGGAAUCACAUCCGAUGCUUCCAGAUUCCUACACGCAACCACCGUUGAGCCAGACAGCCCACAUGUCUGUUACACCAUCGGCAAGUGGCACGAGUGGUGGGUAUGUGAGCCCUCCCGACACAGGUGUCUGGCCGCCACAAGAUCAACCGAAGUGGAUGCCAUCGCCAGAGCCCGCGAAGGCUGCGUACAAUAGAGCUAGUGGUUACAACUGGGAGUCCCCGGAGCACCUGUCACUUCCCCCAGACACACAAGCCCAGGCUCAGGCGCAGGCCCACGACAGGUACACAGCAUUCCAGCCAUUCCAACCACACAUGUCGACGGUGCAGCCACCCAUUCACGAACUGGAUGUGCCGGUCGGCCACCCUGCAGCGGGUGGUGGAGGUCCGGUCGAGAUGAGCGGCACACCCAUCCAAUCACCCGGCCCCAGAUGGACUGGGCAGCCGUAG